AUGCCUUACUGGAACAUCUAUCACCCUGACGACGUCCUCCGCGACGACGCCGAGAAAGACGCCAUCGCAAAGGCUAUUACUGAGAUUUAUACCGCUGUUCCUCUUCCGGCAUUCUACGUUGGCGUCUUUUUUUUCCCCAUGCCUCGUAAUGAAAUAUACCGAGGUGGUCAACCGCAGGCAAGUUCGUCUGCACAAGAACCGACCUUUAUUCACGUUAGGUUCACUCACAUUGCGCGGCAGUUCCUACCAGGUGAAAGUGAGAAAAAGGACAAAUUUCUCGACAGGGUUACUGAAAUAUUGAAACCCUUCACCAUAGACAAGGGCUGGUAUUUGGAGCUCACUGGUGAAGAAGGCGAUCGCAGCCUACUCAGAGUUCAAGGAAUGAGGAUACCGCCCCCGGGAUCGGAAGAUGAGAAGAAGUGGGUGGCUGAGAAUGCGGCGGUUCCAUAUGGGCCUUACCUUAGUCAAAUCUGA